GGCUUAGAUUGACCCUUAUUUCCUGCCUUAGUUUCAUUGAAGGCGGGACUCUCAGACUACUCUUUCGAACCAGCUCCACCAUCACCCCCAAAAAACAAAGCAAAUUGUAGAAGAUGGCAACACAAGCACUUGUAUCAUCGUCUCUUACCUACUCAGUGGAGACUGCAAGGCAGAUUCUUGGAGCUAAACGACAAAUUGGGUCUUCAAGGAAAGGAUCCUUUGUUGUUAAGGCAGCUUCGACUCCACCCGUUAAGCAAGGAGCUGAUAGACCUUUAUGGUUUGCAUCUAAACAAAGCCUUUCAUACUUGGAUGGCAGCCUUCCAGGUGAUUAUGGAUUUGACCCCUUGGGACUCUCAGACCCUGAAGGUCCAGGAGGGUUCAUCGAGCCUAAAUGGCUAGCCUACGGUGAGAUCAUCAACGGGCGUUAUGCUAUGUUGGGUGCAGUAGGUGCGAUUGCCCCUGAAAUACUUGGGAAGGCCGGUCUUAUCCCAGCAGAAACAGCCCUCCCUUGGUUUAGAACCGGUGUGAUCCCACCAGCAGGAACAUACAGCUAUUGGGCAGACCCUUACACUUUGUUUGUGUUCGAGAUGGCACUCAUGGGAUUUGCAGAGCACAGAAGGUUCCAAGACUGGGCCAAACCAGGUUCGAUGGGGAAACAAUAUUUCUUGGGGUUCGAGAAGUACCUUGGAGGGUCUGGUGAGCCGGCAUACCCUGGAGGACCACUGUUUAACCCACUUGGUUUUGGGAAAGAUGAGAAGUCAUUGAAGGAUUUGAAGCUGAAAGAAGUGAAGAAUGGGAGAUUGGCAAUGUUGGCAAUCUUGGGUUACUUCAUACAAGGGCUCGUGACAGGUGUAGGACCAUACCAGAACCUGUUGGAUCACUUGGCUGACCCUUUCAACAACAAUGUCUUGACUAACCUCAAGUUCCAUUAGAUGAAAGUGCCUAUAUUUGGUCCAUGGAACUAUCCCCCCGGCUAAAAGCUCCAUUGCCAAAUCCCUUUCUGCUCCUUUCUUGACAUGUGUAAAUUUAUUCUGUAAUCUGCGAGAAAGAACUGAAAUAGACUUUGUUAAUGCCACUGUAAUAUCAUGAGUUUCUUUUUCA